GGCAGGCUCCCAGGCCUCAGGGGCAGGUACGUCUUCCUGGUCUGGCUGGGCGUCCUGGCGGGCAGCUGGAUGGUGUAUCUGCACUACUCGUCUUACUCGGAGCUCUGCCGUGGCCACGUCUGCCGGCUGGUCAUUUGUGACCAGUACCACAAGGGCAUCAUCGCGGGCUCUGUCUGCCGGGACCUGUGUGACCUGCACACUGUGGAAUGGAGGACCUGCCUGUCCUCGGCCCCGGGGCAGCAGGUGUACAGUGGGCUCUGGCAGGACAAGGAGGUGAUCAUCAAGUGUGGCAUUGAGGAGGCCCUGAGUGCCAAAGCCCGGCCAGAUGUGGCCCCCCGGCGGGACCUGGUGCUGUUUGACAAGCCCACCAGAGGCACCUCCAUCCAAGAGUUCCGGGAGAUGACCCUCAGCUUCCUCAAGGCGACCCUGGGGGACCUGCCAUCCCUGCCGUCACUGGUGGGGCAGGUGCUGGCCAUGGCCGACUUCAACGAGGACAGCCGGGUGUCACUGGCCGAGGCCAAGUCCGUGUGGGCCCUCCUGCAGCGCACGGAGGUCCUGCUGCUACUGGCGCUGCAGGGCAAGGACCACACGGCGCGGCUGCUCGGCCACUGUGGGGACCUCUACCUGACCGACGGCCGCCCACACGGCUCUGCCCAGGCCGCCGCGCUGCCCGCCCCGCUGCAGCCCCUGCUGCCCACGGCCAUGCUGCGCACCCUGCAGCAGUGGGUGGGUCCUGCCUGGCCCUGGCGGGCCAAGGUGGCCGUGGGCCUCCUGGAGUUCGUGGGGGAGCUCUUCCACGGCGCCUACGGGACCUUCUACAUGUGCGACACCACACUGGCCAACGUGGGCCACACGGCCAGGUACGAGUUCAAGAUGGCUGACCUGCAGCAGGUGGCACCCGAGGCGGCCGUGCGGGCCUUCCUGCAGGGCCGGCGCUGCGAGCACAGCGGGGACUGCACCUACGGCCGUGACUGCCGGGCGCCCUGUGACCGCCUCAUGCGCCAGUGUAAGGGUGACCUCAUCCAGCCCAACCUGGCCAAGGUGUGCGAGCUGCUGCGGGCCUACCUGCUGCCCGGCGCCCCCGCCGCCCUGCGCCCCGAGCUGGGCCGCCAGCUGCGCACCUGCACCACGCUGAGCGGGCUGGCCAGCCAGGUGGAGGCGCACCACGCGCUGGUCCUCAGUCACCUCAAGACACUGCUCUGGAAGGAGAUCUCCGAAACCAAGUACUCCUAG